CCCGUCACCACCAUGAGUUUCGAUUGUUCCGGACAUAUUAAGGAUUUCCUCCACGAAUUGCCUAAGUGUGAGCACCACUUACACCUUGAAGGUACUUUACAGCCUAGUUUGCUCUUCAAAUUGGCCGAAAGAAACAACAUCACUCUCCCAGACUUGCUUCCCAAAACCGUCGAAGAAUGCGAUGAGAGAUACAACAAUUUUGCCAAUUUGCAAGAUUUCUUGGACCACUACUAUAUUGGAAUGAGUGUGUUGAUCCAUGAAGAGGACUUUUAUGACUUGGCUAUGGCUUACUUCGAAAAGGCCCAUUCUGACCAGUGCUUGCACUCCGAAGUUUUCUUUGAUCCUCAAGGACAUGUCGAAAGAGGCAUCGACAUUGACAACGUUGUCGGUGGUUUCAACAGAGCUUGUCAAGAUGCCACCACCAAGUUCGGUACUACUAACAAGUUGAUCAUGUGUUUGUUAAGACACUUGCCAGCUUCUGAGGGUUUGAAAACCAUUGAGAUGACCCAUAAGUACUAUGAACAAGGUGUUAUUCAUGGUUUGGGUUUGGACUCCACUGAGGUUCCAAACAUCCCCAGCAUUUUCACCGAAUGUUACCAAGAUCUUAAGCAAAAAUUUCCCCAUAUCGGACUCACCUCUCACGCUGGUGAAGAGGGUGAUUUCACGUACAUCGAGGAAGCAUUGGACCAUUUGAAGGUUACCAGAAUUGACCACGGUGUCAACGCUGUUCAAAAGGAUGAAUUGAUGGAGCACUUGGCCAAGGAAGAGAUCUUGUUGACCGUUUGUCCCAUGUCUAACCUCAAAUUAAGAGUUGUCGAUGACAUUGGCAAAUUGCCAUUAAGAAAGUUUUUGGACAAAAAGGUGCCUUUCUCCAUCAACUCCGAUGAUCCAGCUUAUUUUGGUGGAUACAUCUUAGACAACUACUUGGCAGUUCAAAAGCAUUUCGGUCUUUCUGUUGAUGACUGGAAGUUUAUUGCUCUCAGCAGCAUCAAGCAUUCGUGGUGUGAUGACGUUAGAAAACAAGAAUUAACCGAUUUGGUUCACCUGGUUAUUUCUAAAUAUGACGGAUUAUUAUAAUAGAUAGAUAUAUAGAAGAUUUAAUUCAACUUAAUUGUUCAAAUUUUCCUACCUCCUCUUAUAUAUACAAGGUUUAAGUAACCAUUGUCCUUCGGGCCUUGACUCUCUCUUUUUCUUGAACUCUUCUGUUUCGGUCUCAUGUUCAAUGAACUUCUUUCUUCUAUGCAACUUUUGAUUUCUCUCUUCGAUAAUAUCCUGUUGGGGUUUGAAGAACUCGAAUCUGGUAAACAUCUUGUUGCUAUUGUCGGUAUUCUUAUGAAAGAAUCCAGACAUCUUUAUGGCAUUCACAAACUCGUCACCUACUUCUUCUUUUGUCUUCUUUUCAUUUUCGGUAAAUCUGGAUUUGAUUUCGGCAACCCAUAAUUCUCCUCUAGGAGCUAAGAUUCGGUGGGCCUCUUCAAUAAAGUCCAAGAAGUUCGUCCCCAUUAAGGCCAAACAAAAUAUCACUAUAGUGCACGAUUCGUCUGGUAAAGGAACGUUCUUUAUAUCGGCAACAGUUAUUCUGUUGUUGACCUUUUUCAAAUCAAAACUAUGCACAGUGAUUUUGGGUUUUCUCGAUGGUUUACCUUUAAAAUUCUUUGAGUUUUUGUUUCCUCCUUUCAAAAAGUCACUCACAUCCAAGGAAAGUUGAGCCUCACCACACCCCAUAUCUGCUAUGACAACUUCUUUAUUCGGAUACAAUCCUGGUAAUCCACCAGGAGCAUUCACGGGUCUGUUAGACCUCGAUUUGAUUUGAUCCACAAAUACAUUCACCGGGUUUUCAGGCCACGCCUGCACUUGAGAUCUGAAACCUUGGUGGUAUUCAUCAAACAAGCUUGGUUGUUCUUUGAUCAACUUCAA